AAUAGUCAUGGGAGAAGGCUUUCCUUGCGGAUCAAAUGGACGAGAAGCAGGGGGUGUUUGUUCUCACCAUCUCACCAUCAAUGCUAAUGCUAGCAGGAGCCGUCGAAGGAUCGAAGGGACUCGCCUUUGCUAUUGGAACAUGGGCGGGCAACGGGGGCCAUCGACGAGCGUCCGUCAACCUUCGCCCCGUUAUUCACCUCCGUUUAUAGUGAAAUCGAUGUAGGAGAAGGAUGUUCGUCCAUGUCUUUACGACCCAAUUAUAUGUGGGGGAAUUGGAGUUGAUCUACAAAGAAGAAGGGUUGCUUAAGGACAGAUUGGAGAGGGAAAGUUUGCGGGGGGCGAGGUGGCGUCUGAUAGAUAGAUGCACUGUUGACUUUGAGAUCCAAACUCGUCUCGAUGCAGGAGCAAUUGUUACCGUCCGCAGUGAUGCCGAGCGCUUUUCUUAUCGUUCUUUUGGGGAGCUGUGUUUGACGCAGCAGAUACAAGUAGCUUUCCGGGAUCCAGAAACGCCUACUGCCUUUUUUACUCUGCAACGACAGUGCCUUCCUUAAGUGCAAAUCUUCGUAGGUCCCUCAGCUACCAUCUCCAGGUCUUGUCAGUCGAGGAAAGGAAAGAGAUUGGAGUGGUUUGGCUCCGGAGGGUGAGACGGGUGGCGGUGUGGUGAUUGAGAUCGUUGGUGUUGAUACCGGGAACUUUGUUUUAUUUGAUCUCCCGUUGCUUCUACUGCUGCUGUUUCUUUCUCAUGGAGAACGGCAGUCGAUGACGACGGUGAUGAUGAGGUGCUUGUGAGUGAUAAAUAGGCUUCGGAGAGAGGAAGCAAGGAAGCUGUGAGCGGAGGAAGGAAGCGAUGGGAACAGGAGGGUGGAAGAGAGCCUUCUGCACGUCGGUCCGUCGAGAUACGGAUGCUGCUGCGACGAGGACGAGGGUGGAAGCGGCGGAGAAGCAUCAGCGCAGCCCCAGGAGCUGCGCAAAGCUGAGCUUCUUCUCCGGCGGCGGCGGCAGCAACCCCUCGACGCCGAGGCUGGCGCUGGCGGAGGCGGCCCCGGGCCUCCGGUGCCGCACCAAGUCGAAGACUCCAGACAACAAGACGGUGCAAUGCGACGCGGCCACAUCUUCCGUCCCCACCGCCACCACUCCGAGGAGUCGGAGCCCCGCUCUGUUUCAUCGGCAGGCCUUCUCCGCGCCUUCGUCUCCGAGAACAGCCUCCAGAUUCGCCCUCUUCAAGCACCUCUCCCGGAGCCGGUGCAGGAUAUGUUCGCUGAGCCUGAAGGCGAGCCAGGAGACGCCAGUCUUCACGGCGGAGUGUUCCCACGCCUUCCACUUUUCCUGUAUUGCCGCCCACGUCAGGAGCCACGCCAGCCUCGCCUGCCCCGUCUGCUCCGCCUCCUGGCGCCACGCGCCCUUUCUCUCCGCGCUCCGCCGCCGAGAAGACGAUGCACCAGAGCCAGGGGCGGCGGGAGAGACGGAGAACUGGAACCCGAAUAGGAGAACUACCAACGGCGGCAGCCGGAACACCAGCAAAGGCGGGGAACGGCAGCUGGGGGAGAACAGAUUGGCUGCCGCCGCCGCCGCCGCCGCCGUUGUUGUUGCUGCUAAGGUCUAUGACGACGACGAGCCGCUGCUGAUUGUGUCGAAGCCCAACCAGGGAGGGGUGAUGCGAUUCAAUCCUAUACCAGAAGCAGCCAACGAGGACAAGGAUGAGGAAGACGGCGAGGACGAGGAGACGGAGGACGUGGAACGAGACGACGAGUUUUAUGGGCUCCUAGCGACCCCGCGCGCCCGAUCUGCCAGCCGCACUGACGGAGGAGUCCGUCGUCGGCCGACAUCGAGGUCCAGGGCUGGUGGCGGCCUUGUGAGCGUGAUGCCGCAGGCGGCCCUGCUCUCGGAAGGGCGGAGGCACCGAAGCUACGUGGUGGUUCUUAAGGUAAAAGCGCCACCGAUAGGAUCCUUCGCCCCUCUCCGCGCCCCGAUUGAUCUGGUGACAGUGCUGAACGUGAGCCAAGGCAUGACAGGGGAGAAACUCCGGAUGCUGAAGCGCGCAAUGCGGCUGGUGGUUUUCUCUUUGGGCCCCGGGGACCGGCUCUCCAUAGUGGCCUUCUCGGCAGCCGCAGGUGCUAAGAGGCUCCUCCCUCUACGACGGAUGUCGAGGCAAGGCCAGCGGGCCGCCCGCCAGGUGGUGGAAAGGCUCGUCGUGGUGGGCGGUGGCGCCGCCGCGAGAGGCGCCAGCGUCAGCGACGCCCUCCGGAAGGCCACCAAAGUCCUCGAAGACCGCAGGGAGCGCAACCCGGUGGCCACCAUCAUGCUCCUAUCCGACUCCAGGCAGCAGCAACCGGAACAAGAGAAGAAGGGGAGCAACCAUCAUGAUUACAAACCCCUUCGCUCGCCGCGUGGUACCGGCGGUGGCCAUAUCGGGCUUCAUCCUCUAGCAACGACGACCGCCGCCACUCGCUUCGCGCAUCUGGAGAUCCCCAUCCAAGAUGCUGGAUUUGGAGACGGUGGAGCAGAACGACCGCCACAGAAACAGGGUCAGGUGCCAUCAGAAGACGCGUUCAUCAAGUGCGUGGGCGGCCUCGUGUCCGUGGUCAUGCAGGACGUCCGCCUCCAACUUGUCUUCCCGUCCGGCGAAUUUUCUGCCGUGCACCCGUGUGGAGGCGGCGGCGGUGGCUGCGACGUGGCCCUCCGAGGAGGGACUUCUGUCAUCCGGUUGGGGGACCUCUAUGCAGAGGAGGAGAGGGAGCUGCUUGUGGAGCUGAGGUUGCCGGUGGCGCCGCCUGGCGGACAGGGCGGGCACCACCGCUUGUCAGUGAAGUGCAACUACAAGGAUCCAGCCACCCAAGAUCUCGCGUUCAGCGCGGAGCAGAUCCUUCUCUUGCCGCCCCUCCUCCAGCACCACUCCGAGCUCGGCCGUUCUGCCUCGUCCUCCGCCAGCCCGACCACUUCCCUGCGCCUCCGGAACAUCUUCGUCUCGACCCGCGCGGUGGCGGAGUCGCGGCGCCUCGCCGACCUCUCGGAUUACGCCACGGCCCGACACCUCCUCUCCUCCGCUCGCGCGUUGAUUCUGCAGUCCGCUUCCGAUGGCCGCCAGGACCACCACCUCGUCCAGAACCUUGACGCGGAGCUCGCCGCCCUCCAGCGGCGGCGGUACCAGGCGCAACACCGGCUUCAUCAUGAUCAGCUGCAGGAAGAGGUCCUCUCGCCAUCCGGGAUGAGGCGCCGGCGGCGGGAAGCUCCGGCGGAGGUGCGAGGGGAGCCUCUGACGCCCACUUCGGCUUGGCGCGCCGCCGAGCAGCUGGCCAAGGUGGCCAGCACGCGGAAAAGCCUGAACCGGGGCGGCGAUCUACAUGGGUUCGAGAACGCCCGGUUCUAAGUGAAGACCGACCCAAACCCUAUAAAUAAUCCAUUCUCCUUUCUUUUAUUGUAGACAUUAUUAUUCUCAAAACAAUGAACAUUCUCAUCAUACAUA